AUGGUGACCGCGAAAGGAUACUGCCCUGGCCCGUUCCUCCAGGAAAGUCUUUUCCCGACAACGGGUGGAUUUACUGAUGGACGAUACUGCGAACCGAUUCCCGGCAUAGGCCCCAAUGGGACCGCCGUAACAUGUUGCUUACCUUGUCCACUCGCCGACUGGCGAUAUGCUGAUGAUACUGCGAAGCGAGUCGAGGUCGCUAGCUGGAUCAGUGUUGCCAUUCUGCCUCUUUGCAUCUUCCUCCUCGUCUCCUACGCCGUCCUCCCGGUCAAAUGGACCAACCGUCACUACCUGAGUAUCUGCUUUACCCUGGGUAUCUGCUGCAUGGAGAUCGCAUUCAUUAUCCCCCUUGGAGCCAAACCCGACCAAUGCUAUAAUGCCAUCACGCCUCAUGAUAUGUACACCGACCUCUCCUGUGCCUUCUCCGGCGCGUUUCUCCUCUUCGGCGGAUGGCUCGUCGUGAUGUGGAGUUUCAUUCGCACUCUUGCCUUCCACCUGCAAGUGUGUUGGGAGUUAGUGCUGGGACCCAAGUUCAUGUGGGGAGCUUUCCUAGCCGGUUUUGGUAUACCAGCUAUUGCUAUGACGGUGAUGUUGAUUCUCACGGGCGUGUCUUUCCGGUUCGGCCAGAUCUGCCAUAUCAACAUCAAACACGGCGACCAGGACUACUGGUAUCCAAUCAUCUCCGUUGCGGCCGCAGCCCUGGUACUCCAACUGGCCACUCUGGCCUACUGCAUACAUGUUUACCUACGCUCUCUAUUCGACAACUCCGCCUCCACCACCGAAAACUCCUCCGGCCUGCCCAGCUACACCAGCAGCGUGCGCACCGUCACCGCACGCCAGGCCUAUCGUCGCGUCCGCCGUGUCCUCCAACUCCAAUGGCGCGGCGUUGCCCUCGCCCUUAUUAUCAUCGGAAACGUCAUAUUUUUCGCCGUCGUCUUCAUCAAUCUCGACAAGGAAACCGAUCCCAACGCAGCCAACAUGGCCAAAGCAACCGACUGGCUAGCCUGCCUCGCCUUCGGCGGCAGCAAGGAACAAUGCAAACAAUACGCCUCUGCAAUGGGCCCCAACGAAGCCACCCUCCUAGCAGUAGUCUACCUACUCUCCCUCGUGGGAAUUUGGAACUUCGUCCUGUACGUUCGUCCGUCCAUGUUCGUCGGGUGGCUCGAAAUCUGCCGUGGAUUCUCCGCACCUCGCGAAUUCGUCUCCGCUGAUGCCCACCGCAACCUCGACAACAAGGGCUUCGAGAUGCUCACCACCGGUACAGGAAAAACUCCUGAACCAUAUAACUACAACAUGCGCUCGCCCAGCCCAAGUCGGAUGAUGCGCUCAGCCAGCCCGCGCCAGAUGAUGCGCUCACCUAGUCCGACAAAUACCUUCAACGGCCGCCGCAGCCCGAUGGCCGCUAGCAUGACCUCUGAACGCAAUGUGCAAUUUGGUCACCAGGAGGCACGGUAUACGCGUCCGUCGAUGAGCUUUAGCGGGCCACGGCCUCCUACGUCGCCGGGUGGGCAUGAUUGGGAUCCGUCUCAGACGUUCGCACGGGGUCAAGUAUGA